UUGGCAAUUCAAGCCUUCAUCCCCAAAGCAAUCCUCUUGCUGUCACUCUACCUGGUUCUGACACUACAUCAUCUGGCGGUCCACGUGUGUUUCUGGCUAGUCUUAAAUCACUGGUGUCUGCUGCUGCUGCGGUCUCGUCAAAUUUAUCUAACUCAACUGGUUCUGCGGUGGUUUCAAACACCGCUCAUAGCGCAUCUCUUUUGCGCUCUGGUGGUGCAACCCUACGCGGCCCUCCUCUCUCUUCCAGUACCGGCGCCCUCAUUAGCGUCGGGGCCGGUGGUAGUAGUGGUGGUUCUUCGGGUCAUCAUCAGUCCGGCUCCCGUCGUAGGCCGACUAUAUUGAAGCGACCAGGUGGUGCAAUUGUAAACACGACUUACUCCCCAUCAGCAAUUGUCUAUUUGGUCAUCAAAUUGAGGCAAGCUCUUAUAAUCCUUAUGGGUAUGUUAAAAUGGUUUGAGCAUUCUUUUUUUUUCACACAAAGUGAAGUUUGGUUAGCUCAUAUGAGCUAG